AUGCCUUCGGGCCCCUCGUUACGAUCGUCAAAGGGGCUACUUUUAGUAAUUGCAAGUCUUUUCGUGACGGAGGCGGCAUUUCCCGAGACUUUUGCGUACAAAUGCGAGCAAAACAAGUGUUUGUAUACGACUGAUACGACUGGAACAGUAUAUACGGACCCAGUGGAUUGCGUGAAAAACUGUCGUAGAUCUAAUUUGCGUAAUGUAGACGAAGGAAGUGAACUUUCGGAUGCGGCGAGUAUACAUGUCUCGUCGUCGCUCAAUGGCACGUGCUCUAAUUGCUCACUUGUGGUUCAAUCUCAGUAUAAUUUUCCACAAUUACUCGGAACAUUCGAUCUUACUCCUGAGUCGGUGGCUUCGUCUUCGUGCAAUUUUACAUGUGAAAUAAAUCUGGACACACCUUCUCUCUGGGUGCUGGAAGGUUCAUCAUCUGACUGCUUUGCUGGCACAGAAGACACGAGUGUGGAAUGCUCUCGUGAUGGAAAUGCUACAAUAAUGGCAAUAGAUGUAGAUGCUUUAGUCGAUUUAAUGCGAGUGCAUAACAAUUACAAAUUUAUUGUGGACCAAGUCACGACGCGAUUAGGACCUGGAACAUUCUCAGAAGCUUUGACAUUGUCGGUUAAAUUUGAUGGAACAGGUUGUCUUGCGUCGUCAAGUAACGGACAACAAGCGUUCCAACUUGAAUUGACAUCCGAAGCCUAUGAACUUAUUGGAAUGUUUACAAACACAGAAAUUGUAGCAGAAAAUCCUAUUAUCAUGAGCUCGACUCCCGUGACCAUUCGAGUCACAAGUGGCGCUGUGCUCAGUGCUGGUGCCUUCUUUUUGCUUCGUGUCGCGAGUGACAAGGAAGAACAAUUUGGCACCAUGAUUGACAAUGUUACAACCGCGUCAAUGCUUCUUCCUGACUCUGGUAUCUCGUCUCCAAUUGACCUUGAACUUUAUGUUGGUGCGUCAAAUAUCUCCUUCACCAUUCCAGAUUCUUUUUCAGGCAGUAUCCAAAACGGCGACACAGUCAACAUUAUGUUUAAAAUGCUCGAUAAUCCAGAGAACAGCACAUAUGCCAUUGAUAAGGUAUACCUUUCAGCAUAUCAGGGACUGGCAUCAGCAGUUGACAAUUCUCCUAUCAGGUUUUAUGCGCUAAAUGAUGCAAGUAGAUCAUUGAAAGCAGCACCACUGGACAUUAUGACAGUAGUAGUUUAUGGCGCUUGUUUUCUUUUUUCGUUGGUGAUUAUUCGAUGGCAUGGCUUACCGCUGACUGUCAGUACAUUGUGGACGGAUUUAGUAGCAAUUACCGCAUUGUUUUCAUUUGCAGCAGCCACAGGAGGAUACCUUGUGUGGGUCAUUCAGCCAUCAAAGGCAUACGUGCAUUGGUAUACGGCCCAGUAUUUUUUCAACAACGCAAUGAUUCUUUCACUCUGUUUUCAUUGGGCUACUGUGCUAUCGUUCAAGUGGUUCAAGAAACUGAGCUUUACUUCGCCCGUUGUACUGGCUUACAUCUUAAUUAAUGCCUGCGUCUUGGCAUUUGUUGUUGUUGUGACUGUCACGUCAGCCGAAAAACUUGAGUGCGUUUACGAUAUGGAGUCGACAGCUUGUUCAUCGGAAGAAGAGUGUGCGUUGUCCAUCGCUGCCGAGGGAAAAAUUAUCAGGUCUGCAAUCGGAGAGUGCGAUAUGGAAACAUUUUACUUGGCAUUUGGCAUGGGGUUUAUAGUCUACACGCUAAUGCUAAUGGUCCUUGGCUGCAUGGUCAUGAGUCGAGGUCGAACGCUCAUGUUGAACGAAGAUCCGUCGGACGCCCGGAUUCGCAAGUCUCUUACAAUAUUUUACAUAAUUAUAGCCACGACAUGUGUCUUUUACGUCUCAGCACAAGUGAUAUACAUUGCACAAUACGUUUCGCACAAGGGUGAAGAACACCAGCUUUCUGACGAGGUGUGGUAUAUUUUUGUCGUGUGGUUACCGCACAGUCUGCCACCACUCUUGCUUCUCUUCUUACAAUGGAAUCCAAGCACGGAAAAUUAUCGACACGAGGAUGCACCAUCAUUGGACCAGUCGUCGAAGGAGGAUGUUUUUAACUACACUCCACGAUCAUCCGGCUCGUCAAGCCACAUGCCGUAUUCAAAACUAUUGCGCGAUCGUUUAAGUAUGGGAGACUCGCUUCUGAACAAUGAUGAACCAGGCAGCCGGUUGCGCAUUAUUGUGCGGCUCAAGUUACCCGCAUCGUUUGAUCGUGCGUGCUUUGUAUCACUCGACUUUUACUCUUCCAAAGAAACGAUAACGUCCAGCAAUACGUUGAAUAGUAUCUCGAAUGCGGCUGCGUGGAAAUGCAUUGGCACGACUGAACCCGUUGGUGUGGCAGGUGAAACGGAGUCAGUGCUGACUACAGGCUCGACUCACGCUAUAUUUCCUUUUGUCGCUGUGUUGGAGGUGCCUGUGAUCGGCCCGGCGUCCAAUACGUUGUUGCGCUUUAUGGUGCAUGCGAGCACGAUUGGGAAGCGUGAAACGUCUGCGACGUAUCUCGACCAUUCCACUUCGAGUCCCCUUAGUCAAGAUUCAUCGACGAAUCCGCAGAUGUCGUUUCAAAUGACAAUGUUUCACCCUGUUCUUGAGUUUGUCACUUCUUCUCAGGCUGUCCUUGACGCCGCAGCAAGUGGCCAUUCCUUGAAUAUCUAUCCUUCAGACGACCACACGUGUGCGAUCUUAGAAGAGUUUCCGUCGUUGCAGAGUGAAAUAAAUAACAUUUUGAUGGGCAACGUCAAAAAUGCAGAAUUGAGUGUCCAGACGGUCAUGAUGCCUGGUGACACGUCGAAUCGAGAUGAUGCUGCAUCGCAUAAGAAUAUUGGUAACAUCAUUCGCUUUUUCCAAUACGACACAGAAGAUGGUGGCGGUGGACUUGUAGUUGAGGACUUGCAAGAGAGUGUCUAUUCGAACGCCAUUCCGCGUCAAUUGAUGGAGUUGAUUGCUGCAGAACGACAGGAACAGGCAGAUCGUGCUCGUGAGGAUCUGCAUAGCUUUCUGCACCAGAAAAAGGGAAAGCAAAAUUUAGGUUUCUAUGGUACAUUAAUUGGCCAAAUUCAAGACGAUACUGACUCUUCGCUUGCGCGUGAGUGGCUGGAGGAUCGUGUGCGAAGACGCAAAGAAUACGUGGCAAUGUUGCGUCGAAAUAUUCAGUACCUAGUGAAUCGUGACAAGCACAAAAAUUACUUUAAAGCUAGUGUGGAGAAAAAGUCGGCGGAUUUGCGCUUUGUACCAAUUAAUAUGCAUAUUCAGGAUCUGCUCAUUGGCCCCACGAACGCGUUUAUCAAUGAUGAAAGGAGACGAUCGUCAAAAGAAGUCUCGGCAUAUGAUUUUACGACGGUUGGUGCACCUGCUGCCCACGUGUACAAAUUUAAUAAAGGCGGGAUCCUCUCAUACCAGAAUCGACGCAAGAAAAUGGAAGCUAAGAUUGCCGACGCCGACCUUGAUUUGUCGAAAUGGCCUGAAGAAAUACGUGAAUAUGAUGAUUUAAAAUGGGAUUUGCAGUUGCGCAUGGAUUGUGCGUUUGCACAGGCACUAGCAGCUCUGACGUGCAGCUUUGUACGAAAGGUAGAGGUUGCUAUCCAAAAUCCAGAUGCCAUUCGUGGAGAAGAUAUGUUGCGCCAGAUUUCGAGCUUGGGAUUUCUUUUUCAGGUGGAAUCGCUACUAUCUACUCACGGUAAAGAGAUUGGCAUGCUAGAGGAUAUGGCUGGCUCUGUCGAACAUUUGAGUUGUGUGGCAUUUGUGAUUCAAGAUGUGCGAGACAAGCCGUUGAAUCGGUUCUCGUUCCGUAUGUCACGUCGCAAGGAUGUUGCAGAUGAAGCUGGGAUCGUAAAGGUGACGGUGUCAAACAAGACCGGUGUGAAACGCUCGCACAUUAAGUACAUUGUGACAGUUCAGGUCACAACGAGUGAUGUCGAGCUUCCAGAACGUCUGGCUGCUGGCGGGGAAAUUCAUGUCACACCGGUUUUGUUUUCGCAAGGUAUUAAUGAAAUGCAAACGAUUGCUAAUAACACGGAACGUGCCAAGACAGAGCUGCAAGACAUUAUUAACUUUCGCAGUUUGAAGCCGCUGAAGGCAUUUUGUGAAAAAUAUCGCCGUCUUAUUGUUGCCAUGCCAAAUAGUGGUGCGAACGGUCUGUCAUCAGGUCGAAGCCGUGUCGGAUCACACCGCUAUAAAGCCAUGUCAACAGACUCGACACUUGCAUGCCCGUUGCAUUUAACCCAAGAUGAAGUCACUCAAGAGUUGCGGGCUCUAGAGACAUGUAUCAAUGAAGCGGCUCAGAGUUUGGUCAAGACGAAGCGGACGGAGAUUCUCAAACGGUCAUCGGAUCUGUGUCGAGAAUUGGGUGGAGGGCGUGUCACCGUAUGCAAAAGUGCCAAAGAUCGUACAGCCAUGUCAGUUACAUUGGAGCAGGUGCGUAUAUUGCAGCGCCAUCACGACUUACCGGCACAUCGCGUGCCAGCUACAGUCUCAGUGAUGCGAAGUCAUGGCGUGCGAAUCGAGAAUGCACUCAAGAAUACCGGCAAGCGUCAAUUUGCGUUUAAUAAACUGCAGCGAUCGCUGUUGCCUGAAGAAUAUCGCUGUCCUGACCAAGUGGGUGGCACUGGCAACGUAAGUUGA